UUGAUCAGUUGAGAUCACCGAAGAUGCCCCAGUCCAGCUUCUUUGCCAAGAGUGUGCCCUUCGAGCAGAUCGACAAGUUGGCCAUUAGCGGCGGCUACUCCUCGAUCUUCGCCAGCAGUAAGCCGGCUGUUCCGGUAGUAGGAAAUUGGGAGCAGCGCUUCUGUCGCCUCGCGGAUACCUUUCAACCCGUUCUGGACAGAGUGUACGACUUUGAGGUUCGGGAGGACGAUGUGUGGAUAGUGACCCUGCCGAAAUGCGGCACCACCUGGAUGCAGGAACUCGCCUGGUUGGUGGUCAAUCAGUGUGACUUCGAGACGGCCAAGAGCGUGGAUCUCACGCUGAGAUCACCCUUCCUGGAAUUUAAUGGCGUGGUUCCCAAUGUGCCACAUGACACCAUCGCUGCUGCGAAUGCUCUGCCCUCACCGCGCCUCAUCAAAUCCCAUCUGCCCGCCUGGAUGCUCCCCCGGCAGAUCUGGAGCAAGCGGCCCAAGAUUAUAUACGUCUAUCGCAAUCCCAAGGAUGCGGCCAUCUCAUACUUCCACCACUGGCGCGGAAUGGUGGGCUACCAGGGCACCAAGUCGGACUUCAUGCACUCCUUCAUCGAUGGCUAUGUGAACUUCACGCCCUGCUGGCCGCAUGUCCUGGACUUUUGGCAGCUGCGUCAUGAGCCCAAUAUCUUUUUCACCAGCUAUGAGCGGAUGAAGGGUCAGUUGGGUAAGGUUAUUGCAGAGGUGGCUCAAUUCCUCGAUCGUGAGAUCACUGGGGAGCAAAUCCAACAGAUGACAGAGCAUUUGUCCUUUGAGAGCAUGCGCGAUAAUCCCGCCUGCAAUCAUGUCAAGGAGUUCGAGAGCAUGAAGGCAGCUGCCGGAAGGGAUGUGGAGGAGUUCAGAUUUGUUCGCCGCGGCGUCGUUGGCAGUCACAAAGAUGAGCUCACCGCCGAUAUUAUCCGGGAAUUCGAUCUCUGGUCGGACAUCAAUCUCAGGGAUUACAAAUUGAACAUGGAUGACUUUGCCAACUACAGCAAGUUCGCUUCCGCUUAAUUCACUCUAAGUAGUUUCUGUAUAAUACAUCUUGGGUAAUCUUUGUUAAUAGUUUUUAAGCUGUGGUGAUAUAUAUGAUAAUAAAUAAUUGCUUCCCCUA